UGUUGUACUUAGUUCGAGAGCUGUGGGAAUAUCUAUUCUUUCAGGAUAUGAGAGCUUAGUUUCUGGAUGCUUCUGAAGAUAAUAAGUCUAGUCUUUAUCGGGAGAUCAGUAGGAAAAACGCUAGCGUGAAUCAUUCCAGAAAUACGAAGCAGAACGCUAAAUAAAUGCCAUCCAAGACUACUUGGAAUCAGAGAGGUUUUCUGAAACGCUGAUGGAAAUGAAAUAUAUUCUGCUACGUUCUUGAGAAAUGUGAAGAAGCAUCGUGGAAACUGGUUGACUCUUGUGUGGCAAACGCAUCAAUCCUUUUGUUACUACCUGCCUGUUGUAGUACAUUAACUCCUUAUACGAAAUUUGUUCCCAAAUUCGUCAUCUCCUGUGCUUGAAUGUGACUUGGAAAAUUACAUAAUCCGUUGCUUGCUCAUAGUUCGUGCAGAUCGACACAAGCAAAAAACUACGAAGUUUAAAAUAAUUCGUCUACUGAUGGAUUUUUUCCUUACGAGGUUUUGACAAAAGUCGGAUCAGUACGGAGUAAGGUGACGAUAGCCAUUAUAGGAUAUUGCUGUGAUGGCGUGAGUACUAAGCACAAUGACGGGAACUAAGAGUAACUCUUCGCAAACCAAAGACGGGGAGGACGAGACGGCAAACAUCGGCUUCAUCGUCAGCAAAAAGAGGUCAGCGGUCGUUCAAGCAGUGGCCUACCUGGAGAAAGAAGCUUGGCAAGUCCUGACUGGGUUACCCAGGUGUUUUCCAAGCCGGGCUUUUUCAGUGGCGGAGGAUAAAUCCAAGAGCCGUCUCCUCGAAGUCCUAAAAGAACUGCGGCCCACAGUUCGCAAUCAGCUGUACUUUAGUGCAAAGCUCGAGUAUGUCUACGCCUCCCAGAUAGCCAAGUAUACAGUGAGAGCCACGAACUCCGGCGAAAGCCUGGGACGGACCGAGCGUCAGCUGACGGAGGCUCUGAACCAGCGCGAAGAAUGCCUCGGGGCGCGAGACAGCAUCAUCGCUUCUCUCACCUCGGAACUCCUCCUCCUGCGUCAGGUUGGGAGCCAGUCCGUUCUUGCUUCUCGAGCUGCAGGAGAUUCGGAAUACAGGGAAGUGAGAGCAUCAAGUGAAAAUAACCUCGACUCCUUAAAAGCUUCAUUGUCGGAGACUGAGCAGACGAUGAGAUCUCACGAACUGAGAGACGAGCAAGAGGAGCUCGACCUAAGGAAAUGCAGACAGGACAUCGAGAGCGAGAUAAUGAGGAAGAUUUGUCAUUAUGACGCCACAAUGAGUGCUCUCCAGAAUACGCUGGAUGCACUGCGAGAGGAAGAUCAGCAUUUGACUGCUCUUCUCAAAGAUAAAAAGGUAGAAUUUAUAGCACUGGAGAGAAGGUUCCAGGAAAUUGAGGACGAGAAAAGACGAAUUGAGGAGGCGCGGAUGGCUGCUAUGCAGGCAGAGUUUCGUAGAGAAUAUGCAGCAAGGACGAUCCAGAGAGCUUGGCAGCAUUAUAAGAUGAGGAAGAUGCUCAAGAAGGCCCAGCGGAAAAAGAAGAAGAAACCAAAAGAUAAAUAGAUAGAUAAAUCCUGAAGGAAAGAAGGACUAACAACAAUGGUACAAUUUUUGUGAAAAAUUAACCAAUGGGAGAUUCAGACGUUCCGCUAAUUAAGAACGAGUUACGUUCCGAAUGGCUGUUCGUAUCUUGAUUUGUUCGUAAGUCCAAUUUGAUAUACUAAGAGUCAAUAAGUACAUUACUGGUAAAAAUGUUCUGUUACAACAGAAUUCCAUCUAAUAAAAUGAGCCCAUAAAAACGCCAAAAUAUAGAAAGAAAGUACUAUAUUUCAGAAGAGAGGGACAGCAGUCUCCAAAAUAUAGUACUUUCUUUCUAUAUUUUGGCGUUUUUAUGGGCUCCUUUUAUUAGAUGUACAGUACUAUUUAUGUUUUUUUCAUACUAAAACGCCUUACUAGUACUACAUAGUUUAUAGAGUAUUUUAUUAAUGCGCAUGAUAUUUAAAACCUAAAUAAAGUAAGUACAUUAAGCAAAUCAUGAUAACAAUACAGUAAAAUGGCUUUAAUUUACGAUCAGGGUUCUUCGCAUAUCUGCUCUGCCAUAUUCGGAGCUUUUGCAAGACGUCAUUGCAGGAUCUCAGGAUUUUCUUGAAUACAGCAACACAUUAUGCGAUAUGAACACUAUCUUAAAAUCAGUGUUCAUAAUCUUCCACAUAUCUGCAAACUUUUCAGGUGCUAAAUAAAGUAAGAAUUACAAAAUCCAAGCGAAAAUUCUUUUAAACUUAAUGUUAAGAAAAAGUACUCAGAGUUUUCAGCCUGAAAGAUGAAUAACAAAU